CCGGCGCAGACAGUUGGCGGCCUGGGGCGGCUGGCGCACGCGCGCGGUCGUCAUGACAACGCCGCUGCCACGGCCGGCGGGAUGCAGAGAGCAUGCAGCGCAGCCCGCAGCAGGCCGGGCCUGAGUCCCGGACCCCACCUUCCGCCCCAUCUACGACCCCUACUCCGGCGUGGGCUGCGGCCGACUGUAGCGCUGCAGAACCUAUUGGCGGUCUACAGGAAUAUUAUUAUGAGCUAUGUAUGGAAAAGUCCCAGGAAAUUAAACCUUUUAUAGUGCAUAUACUCCAAGAAGUGGACGAAGAAAUUGAAAAGGGAUUGGUAGGAAUCACAUUAAAUGUUGCUGGUAACUGUCACUUAAUGCCAGUAGAAAGAGUAACAGGUGAAGAUUUUUGGAUUCUUUGCAGAAUUUUAAAGAAUAAUCCAUAUAUUAAUGGUUUGGAUGUUAGAUAUAACCUCAUAAGUGAUGUUGGCGCAUCCUAUGCUGCAAAACUGCUUCAGAAACAGCAUAAUCUCAUUUACUUAAACCUUAUGUUUAAUGACAUUGGGCCUGAAGGUGGAGAACUGAUUGCUAAAGCACUACAUAAGAAUACAACUCUGAAACACCUAAGAAUGACUGGAAACAAGAUUGAAAAUAAGGGUGGAAUGUUUUUUGCUGCAAUGCUACAAAUUAAUUCAUCCUUAGAGAAAUUAGAUGUGGGUGACUGUGAUCUGGGAAUGCAGAGUGUGAUAGCAUUCGCUACAGUCCUAACUCAAAACCAAACAAUUAAGGGAUUAAACCUAAACCGACCUAUACUGUAUGGUGAACAGGAAGAGUCAACAGUUCAUCUAGGCCACAUGUUGAAAGAAAAUCAGUGCCUUGCUGAACUACACAUGUGUAAGCAUGACAUAAAAAACUGUGGUAUGAAACAGUUAUGUGAUGCACUGUAUCUGAACAGAAGCCUACGCUACCUUGAUGUAAGCUGCAAUAAAAUAACUCAGGAUGGAAUGGUGUGUUUGGCCAAUGUACUGAAAAGCAAUACUACCCUGGAAGUAAUAGAUCUUUCUUUUAACAGAAUAGAAAAUGCAGGAGCAAACUAUCUCAGUGACGCUCUUGCUUCACACAACAGGACUCUUAAAGCGUUGUCAGUGGUAAGCAACAACAUAGAGGGAGAAGGACUUGUUGCACUUUCACAAUCAAUGAAAACAAAUCCCACACUCUCUAAUAUCUACAUUUGGGGAAACAAAUUUGAUGAAGCUACACGUGUGGCAUAUUCAGAUUUAAUUCACAUGGGCCGUCUAAAAUCAGACAAUACAGAUGUGGAGCCAUUUGUGGUGGAUGGACACGUGUACCUUGCAGAAGUCUCCAAUGGCCUUAAAAGGCAUUAUUACUGGACACCAGGUUAUGGAGAAGCUUGCAGCCCAUCAUCUAAUGCAGGUUUUACUCUUGUACCAGUAGGUCAAUAUCUAUGAAAAACAAGCUUUAAAGUAAUUUUCAUAUAUUUGUCUUACUACUCUUCACAGAGGUUAUAUUUUAUUGUCUGUUAAAUUUUCUUUCAUAAAUUAGAACAAGUAAAA